AUCUUAUUUCUCCCUUUAGGACAACUAUGGAAAACACAUUGUUGCUCCUCUACCCUCUUCAGCAAACUAGAAACUCAUCCCAUCUAUCCUCCCCUCUACCAGAACUCUUCUUCCACCUCCUCCUCACCGUCUCCUUCAUCUCCCCCUGCCAACUUGGUGAUUUCUCCUAAUGUUGCGUACAUGGCGGCCGAGCUCGUCAUCGCUUUCCUCUCCACGGUGGGCAACCUGCUGGUCUGUGUCGCCGUGGGCCUAAACCGCAAGCUGCGCACCGUCACCAACUACUUCCUGGUGUCGCUCGCCAUUGCCGACAUCUGCGUGGGCGCGAUCGCCAUCCCCUGCGCCAUCCUGACCGACGUCGGCUUGCCUCGCCACAAUCUCUACCUGUGUCUCCUCAUGCUGAGCGUCCUGAUAAUGUUCACCCAAAGCUCCAUCUUCAGCCUGCUGGCGGUGGCCGUGGAGCGCUAUGUGGCCAUCUUCAUGCCCUUUCGCUACCAGGUCCUUAUGACGUCUCGCAACGCCGUGCUGGUCAUCCUCGCCACGUGGCUGCUCGCCUUUCUCAUCGGGCUCGUGCCCCUGAUGGGCUGGCACAAGACGCCGCCCGACUCGGGCUACUGUUUCUUUGUCUUGGUGGUGGACAUGACCUACAUGGUCUAUUUCAACUUCUUUGCUUGUGUGCUGACUCCCCUGGUGAUCAUGUUCCUCAUCUACGCCCAGAUCUUCAUCAUGGUCAAGCGGCAGGUGAAACGCAUCGCAUGUGAGCAAAGCUGCAGAGGGGAGAGGCAAGCGAGAGCCACGGCGACCAUGCGCCGCGAGAUGAAGACGGCCACUUCGCUCUUCCUGGUUCUUUUCCUCUUCACAAUCUGCUGGAUCCCGCUCCACAUAAUCAACUGCUUCCUCCUGCUGUGCCCACACUGCCCCGUGCCGCUGGAGCUGCUGCUCACCGCCAUCAUCCUGUCACAUGCAAACUCUGCCGUCAACCCCUUCCUGUAUGCCUACACGAUGACAGCUUUCAGGGACACCUUUAAAGCAAUUUUCUUGUGCUACAGGACAGUGGGAGACAGGACUGGCGGUGAUGACAGAGAGGGUGCAGCUGUCCAAAAUGCCCACCAGACCUGACCAGGUUUGUGAUCCCAACACUGAACGUUGCACAAAAAAUAUGAUCUCUUGUUUUGUUUUUUUUG